GAACAUCUUUCGUCACUUCAACUUACACCAUUCGCUCUAUUGGCGCUCAUGGCCGAAAGUCCAAGACAGUACCACAUGGCAAACAAUGCCUACGAAGAUAUAUUAUGUGACUCAUUUCCCCUAAGUUCCUCUCCGUCCUGAUCCUCUCCCAACUACCAACAAAUUCUCUUUCCAUACGAGUAAAUCAAGUGCAGCCAUUCGCUAUUCUACUUCAUACUGCCUAAAGCCUCACGUCGCGAUGUCUUCCCAGAUAAAGUCAAGAAUUGACGAUUUCAUUCAUGAUGGAUUACACUCCAUUCACCAAAGUCGUAUCACUAUUGAGCUCUUGGCAUGGUCACGCAUUAGUCUCCUGAUUCUCACAUGUACUUUUGCCUACACUUUGAUGCUAAUUAUCUAUCGCUUGUACUUGAGCCCUCUGGCAUCGUUUCCAGGUCCCUUUCUUGCAAAAGUUACGCAUUGGUACGAAUUUUACUACAACGUUGUACACACCGGCAAGUACUACGAAAGAAUUCGUGAGAUGCAUGAGAGAUACGGCCCUGUGGUACGAGUUACCCCAGAGGAAAUCCACAUUAUGGAAGCAUCCGCAUACAAUGAUGUAUUUGUUUAUGGAGCCGUGUGCAAAACCGACUCCUAUCCGAGAUCUAGUACCGGUACUGGAUUUGAAGACAUGGCGAGCAUCUCUCAUAGACAUGACGCCCAUCGGCGUCUGCGCGCUCCUAUAGAUAUGAUAUUUGCACGGAAUCGUAUCUUACCAUUUGAAUCCCGGAUUGCCGAUCGGGUAGCAAGACUAUGUGAUCGGCUGUCACAUUAUCAAGGGACUGGGGAAGUGGUCAACCUAUCGAACGCAUUUAGCUCACUUACAACGGAUAUCAUCUCAUCCGUGAUCUUUGAGGAACCCAGCGAUUAUCUUGGAGACCCCAACUUCAAUAGCGAUUGGUUUGACACACUCAAACGAGGGACACGAAGUGUAUUCGUGUUCAAGCACUUGCCAUGGAUAAUUAGCAUAAUUGGACAGCCAUUCAUUCGAUUUUUGGUUACUCAUAUCACUCGCUGGACGGUCUGGGAUGAGCAAGCUCGCCGGGAGCUUCUCCUAAUCCGUAAGCGCCCUUCCGAUAAAACACAAACGCGAGAAAAGUACACUGUUCUCGACCAGUUAGAAAAGAGUGAGCUCGUCGAAAGGGAGCUUGGUAGCGGCGGUUUCCCACGCCUCGCUCAACUUAUCCAACAGGCAGGGGCGCAUAAUGUGUCUCACACUCUUGGGACCAUCGUCACUCAUUUACUCACAAAACCAGAGAUACUUGAGCCGCUGCGCCAAGAACUUGAAGAAAUAUGGAGUAAAUACGAUGGCAAGUCAACCACCCCAUCUUGGCUUGAGCUAGAAAAGGCACAAUACUUGAGUGCUGUGGUAGCUGAGGGACUAAGGAUGGCUGUUGGUGGCAUGAAUCGCACGAGCCGAGUUUUCCCAGAACGUACAAUUGAGGUCGGUGGUUGGGUCAUCUCUCCUGGGACACCAAUCUCGAUGACGACGUAUUGGAUGCAUAACGAUCCCGCCGUGUUUCCCAAUCCAGAAUCUUUCGAGCCUGACCGGUGGCUUACAGCUGAUCCCGAGAAGCUGAAAACUAUGCAAAUGUAUUAUGUACCUUUCGCAAAGGGUAGUCGCAGCUGUGUCGGCAAGAAUCUCGUUUAUAUGCAGAUAUACCACACGCUCUCUCGCCUCUUCCGACCCGGAGCUCCCGCUCUAUCUCUUCACGAUACGACCCUGAGGGAUAUCGUAGCAGUGCAUGGACUCUUGUUUCCUAUGCCACCUUUCGAUUCUAAAGGCGUCAGGGUCACCGUGUCGGAAUGAACCGGUUAUGAUUUGGUAGUUUAUUAUGUUAUGGGAAAAUUCGGUGUCCAUGCUAUUAUUCCACGGUGGUAGUAGUCAACAACGAGCUGAAAUAGCUAUUUCGCUUAACCAUAACUGCCAUCGCAACUGUCGCGGACAUGUGGAUCUCGGCGGGAGAUCUUCAGAAGCCAAGCCAGCCGAUCGCACAAGGUAUUAAUAGUAGUUAGCUAGUUAUUCAGAGGUCUGAAUAACCUCAUAGAUAACUAAUACAGAGCUGCUAAAUACGCCAUCGUACCUG